AUGACUAUCUCUGAUACACAGCUGCCCGGUCACAAACUGGGUCGUAACGUGAUCAUCGAGCAGAGCUGGGGCAGCCCGAAGGUCACGAAGGACGGAGUGACGGUGGCCAAGAGCAUCGACCUGAAGGACAGGUACCAGAACAUCGGAGCCAAGCUGGUGCAGGACGUGGCCAACAACACCAACGAGGAGGCGGGCGACGGCACCACCACCGCCACCGUGCUCGCCCGCGCCAUCGCCAAGGAGGGCUUCGACAUCAUCAGCAAGGGAGCCAACCCCGUGGAGAUCCGCAGAGGAGUCAUGAUGGCCGUGGAGACCGUCAUCAAGGAGCUGAAGAACCUCUCCAAGCCGGUCACCACGCCCGAGGAGAUCGCACAGGUGAGACAUGAUGAGAGGUUGAUUUAG